UCAUGUUGGUGAAUACAUCUGGGAAAUUUGCAGGACAGAAAGCUCACCUCCUGCUGCCCCAUCUGAAAGAAAAUGAUACACACUGUAUUGAUUUCCACUAUUAUGUUUCAAGCAAGAGCGGAUCUAGCCCUGGCACUUUGAAUAUAUAUGUGAAAGUUAAUGAUGGCCCUAUUGGUAACCCGAUCUGGAACACAUCUAUCACUGCUACUUGGAACAGGGCGGAACUGGCAAUUAGCACUUUCUGGCCCAAUUUUUAUCAGGUUGUUUUUGAAGUGGUCACUUCAGGUCACCCAGGAUAUGUGGCUAUUGAUGAAGUGAAAGUUCUAGGACAUCCAUGUACAAAAACUCCCCAUUUCUUGCGUCUUCAGAGUGUGGAAGUCAAUGCAGGACAGUUUGCUACUUUUCAAUGCACUGCCAAUGGUGGAACGGACUCAGGUGACAGGCUCUGGUUACAGGGUAUCUAUGUAAGGGAUGCACCUUUGAGGGACAUAAAAGUGUUCAACUUUCGCCGAUUUGUAGCUCUUUUUAGUGUGGUAAAUGCCACGAAGCGGGAUGCUGGCAACUAUCGCUGCAUGAUUCGGACGGAAGGAGGAGUUGGUGUAUCGAACUACGCAGAACUGAUAGUCAAAGGUAUUUCACAAUAAAAAUCAGUAUUUGCAUGCUCAGUGUAUGGAAUAAGGACCUGCAGUUGCUAAUUCAGUAAGAAUGUCAGCCAUGGCCUGGUAAAGUCGAUGAGAGUUUCGAUAAAGAGACU